AUGGAAAAUCCAGACGACAAUACUAACAUUACUGAUGCACGAUUGAGAGAAGCACAACAACGAACCAUGGAAAGACUAAUUCGAGGAAUAGAAGAGUUGACUGAUCGAAUAGGAAGAUUGGAGAUUCAAAAUCAAGCACGACAGAGGAUUCCACAACCUACGCCCUCAACCGAUACAUAUGAGGGCGACAAUUCUGAUCACCACGAGGAUAAUCCACAUGCGGUUGGUCAUGGCUUGAUGCGAGGGCGAGACCAUGGAAGAAGGUAUCAUAAUUUACAACAACGAGUUCCUUAUGAUGAUAGAAUUGAUCGUAACGUGGGGAGCAUCAAAUUAAAACUUCCCAAGUUUUAUGGCAAAACCGAUCCAGAGGAGUACCUUCAAUGGGAGAAAACGGUGGAGUCGGUGUUCAACUGUCAUAAUUUUAGUGAUAAAAAGAAGGUACUGUUAUGCAUUGCUCAAUUCAAACAAUAUGCUCAAAUUUGGUGGGAUAAAUUGAUGUCAAGUAGGAGAAGAAACCUUGAAGCACCAAUUGAUUCAUGGUACGAGUUCAAAGAGUCCAUGAGGAAGCGUUUUGUUCCACAAUAUUUUCAACGGGACAUGGCGCAAAAGCUUCAAGCAUUGAAACAAGGACGCAAGUCUGUGGAAGAUUAUUACAAGGAGAUGGAUACAUUGAUGGAUCGACUUGCCUCGAUGAGGACAUGGAGCCCUCUCAUGGCGCGGUUUCUUAAUGGGUUAAACACAGAGAUUGCAGACAAGACUGAUUUACAGCCUUAUUCUAAUAUUGAGGAGUUGUUGCACAUUGCAAUUAAGAUCGAGAGGCAAAUCCAAAGAAGAUCUCAACGGUAUUCUUCUAAAACUUUUCCCAAUUCUACUUCUACAUGGAAAAAGGAUAGUAAGAACAUUGACUAUAAGCAUAGAAAUCAAGAGAUUAAUGAGAAGCCUCGAGCUAAAUUUGAGAAAGGAGAGAGUUCUAGAACAGGGAAAGAAAAAGUAGAAAAGUCUAAUGUUCGAAAUAGGGAUUUAAAGUGUUGGAGAUGUCAAGGGGUAGGACACUAUAGUAGAGAUUGCCCAAAUGCAAGAAUUAUGACCAUCAAGGAGGGAGAAAUUGUUACGGAUGACGAGGCACAUGACGACAUAAAUGAGGAAACUGAUGAGAGUGAGGAGUUUAGCGAAGAGGACCCUACACAUAUAUCUUUGGUUACUCGACGAGCUCUAAACACCCACAUUAAGGAGGACGGCCUAGACCAAAGAGAGAACUUGUUUCAAACUCGUUGUCUUGUUCAAUCUGUACCUUGUAGUGUUGUCAUUGAUAGCGGUAGUUGCACCAAUGUUGUGAGUUCCAUUCUGGUCAAAAGACUUAAUUUGAAGACACAACCACAUCCAAGACCCUACAAGCUUCAAUGGUUGAAUGAUUGUGGGGAAGUACGGGUAACUCAACAAACUCUUGUUUCAUUUACUAUUGGAAAAUAUGUUGAUGAUGUUUUAUGUGAUGUUGUAUCCAUGCAUGUUGGAGAUUUACUACUGGGGAGGCCAUGGCAAUUUGAUCGUCGGGUAAUGUAUGAUGGGUAUGCAAAUCGAUACUCUUUUACUCACAAUGGUAGAAAAACUACUCUUGUUCCAUUGUCUCCAAAAGAUGUAUUUAUUGAUCAUUGCAAACUUGAAAAGAAAAGGCAAGAGGCUGAUGCAAAAGCAGAGAUUGAAAAAGAAUCAAGUGAAAAAAUGAGCUUGAGUGAAAAGCAAGAGAGUAACACUCAGCCUAGAGAAAAAAAAGAGAGAAAAGCCAAAUCAGUAAGCUUGUAUGUUAGAUCAAGUGAGGCUAGGAAUGUUUUGCUCUCUAACCAGACUAUUCUUGUACUUAUGUGCAAGGGGUCUUGUUACUUUACUAACAUGCUUAACCCUUCUUUGCCUAGUGAUUUUGUUGUGCUUUUGCAAGAGUUUGAAGAUUUAUUUUCUGAGGAGAUGCCUAGUAGUUUGCCACCACUUAGAGGGAUUGAACACAAGAUUGACUUCAUUCCUGGCGCGCCCAUUCCAAACCGACCAGCAUAUAGGACUAAUCCAAAGGAGGCUGAAGAGAUACAAAGGCAAGUGAUGGCUUGGAUUCGAGAACGAAUCCUUCUCAAGAGGGGGAGAAUGAUAUGAACCACGACCAAAGAAUUUCCAUACCUCAAGGUCCAAUUACAAGGACGAGAGCCA